ACGACCACAAAAGAGGAGAAAGAGGAGAGAGUAGAAGAGGCAGAGAGCGAUCGCUGUGCUUUCGCAGCUACUGCUCCGGCUUCCCGUCUCACCCGGUUUAAACCCCUAGCCUUCCUUCGAUUCCUUUUCCCCCUCCCCCGUUCACGCCGAAAUCGGAUCGAUCGACCCGGAAACGUUCUUGCUUUUCCCCGCCGAGGUUGAUCUCGCUCUAGGGUUUACCGUUACGCGAGCCUUUGGGUCUCACGUUCGCGCAUUGGCGCCGUUUUCGAUCGCGAGGGUUCUUGUUGGAUUGGUCGACCAUGGAGCGAUCCAGGGCCCCUUGAUGGCAGAUCUGGAAGAUGUGCUCGAUUCUUAGAAUGGGAGUCUUGAGGUGGGAGAGGAGGUUUUGGUGAUUGGGUUAGGGUUUUCAAUCGGGAGUGGGAUACUAGGGAUUUUAGGAAGUAUGUUGAGUGUCUUGAGGGUUCAUCUGCCGUCGGAGAUCCCCGUGGUAGGCUGUGAGAUUACGCCGUACGUUCUUUUGCGGCGACCGGAUGGUAGCGUCUCAACUGAUGAUGUUCCCGAGUCUGCUCCAUUCAAUGGAUAUUGCAUUAGAUAUAAGUGGUAUCGUGAUCAAAGUGAUCAAAAAGUUUCUGUAUGCAGUGUACAUCCAACUGAGCAAGCAACACUGCAGUGCAUAGUUUGUGUCAAGGAGAAAGUACCUAUUGCAAAGAGUUAUCAUUGCUCUCCUAAGUGUUUUACUGAUGCUUGGCAGCAUCAUCGUUCUUUACACGAACAAGCGAAGAGAACUAUAAAGGAAAAUGGAAUUGAGGAGGAAGAAGCGUUCGGGCGCUUUAACAAUAGUGGGUCUGGAAGUCAUAAUGCUGGCCUUUCUGGUGCAACAAUUAAUGUGGGAAGCUCAGUCCUUAAUAAUGGUCCAGUACCUAUAUAUUCUACAACUGUUGCAGAAAGGAAUGGUGAAGCUUGGUCUGAAGUUGGACGUUCUAGAACAUACACACCAACAUCUGAUGAUAUUAAUCAUGUUCUUAAGUUCGAGUGUGUGGUCGUAUAUGCAGAGACAAGGAUACCUGUGGGAAAUGUACAUACCAUCUUGACUUCACGUGUGAUUCCAGCCCCCUCUCCAACACCUCGUCGCAUGAUUCAAGUAAAUGGAGCUGAUGUUUUGGGGCAGUUGGAUGUAGAUAGUCGAAGCGCAUCUUCUAGGACCUUCUCAGUGCUUUCAUACAACAUUCUCUCUGAUGCAUAUGCUACGAGUGAGACAUAUAGCUACUGCCCAUCUUGGGCCCUCUCAUGGUCUUAUCGCAGGCAGAAUUUGUUGCGUGAAAUUAUUGGCUACCAUGCUGAUAUCCUUUGUCUUCAAGAGGUUCAAAAUGAACACUUUGAGGAGUUUUUUGCUCCAGAACUUGAUAAGCAUGGAUAUCAAGCACUUUUUAAGAGAAGAACAUCAGAGGUUUAUAGUGGAAAUCCAAAUUCGGUUGAUGGUUGUGCUACAUUUUUUCGUAGGGACAGGUUUUCUCAAGUAAAAAAAUAUGAGGUUGAAUUUAAUAAAGCUGCACAGUCGUUGACAGAUCAAGGAAUAGCAGCUGGUCAGCAAAAAGCUGCUUUGACUCGGUUAAUCAAGGAUAAUAUUGCUCUUAUUGUGGUUUUGGAAUCAAAAUUCGGUAACCAUGGCGCUGAUAAUCCAGGGAAAAGACGGCUUCUUUGUGUGGCAAACACUCAUGUAAAUGUCCAUCACGAGUACAUGGAUGUUAAGCUAUGGCAGGUGCAUACCCUUCUCAAAGGUCUGGAAAAAAUUGCCAUCAGUGCAGACAUUCCAAUGUUGGUCUGUGGAGAUUUCAAUACGGUUCCUGGAAGUGCUCCUCAUUCACUUCUUGCAAGGGGCAAGGUCGAUCCUUUGCAUCCAGACUUGGCUGUAGACCCUUUUGGAAUCCUUCGUCUUACAAACAAGUUAUCUCACCAGCUUCCACUGGUUAGUGCAUACUCAUCUUUUGCAAGAAUGGGAGGAGUUGCUCCUGGUGUAGAGCAACAGAGGAGGAGAAUGGAUCCUGCAACUAAUGAACCUCUAUUCACGAAUUGUACUAGGGAUUUUGUUGGCACUGUUGACUACAUAUUUUAUACAGCGGACUCUUUGAUGGUGGAGUCUCUGUUGGAGCUCUUGGAUGAGGAAAGCUUACGUAAAGAUACUGCCAUACCUUCUCCACAAUGGUCUUCUGAUCACAUAGCACUUCUAGCACAAUUUCGUUGCAAGCAUAGAACCAGACGUUGAGACUAGCAGUCUUCCAGCCUUGUCCUUGUUCAUGUUGUAUGAAGAAAAGAGAUGAGACUUUGGUAGAUAGAGAUUUCACAUGGUAACAUUCUCAAAGGAGGUAUAUAGUGUUCCUUGUGCUCUUUUAUGAUAGCCAUUAUGGUUUCUCAUUUUACAUGUAUCAUUGUGCCAUCGCAUGAUAGAAAAUUGUGCAAAAUAUGGUUCUGUUUUCUUUAAAAUUCUUAUGCAGCUUGAUAUAUUCUUAAUCUGGUAGAGAAUAUACCCAAGUGUUCCCUCUGCA